UUGCAUCUUCCAGCGACCAGCGGUUUCAACGUGCCUUUCAACUGAUAUCGAGACUUCAUUAUCACUCAAGUUUAUUGUCACACUAGGGUCAAGUUAUAGUCGUAUUUAAACUUAAAUUUUGCUAAAAUUUAAAUUAAGUUAGAUUCCAUAAAGUAGUUUGAGGUAAAGUUGAGGUAAUUUAAGUUACCGCAAGUAAGCUUGGUUAGCUUAGGUACUAGCUAGUACUGUCAGGUCAGCUAAACUAGGUAAUCUAAAUAAAGUUAUUAAGAGAAACUUUAGUUAGUUAGUUUUAGGUUUGAAAUACUCAAAUGGCGAAAAUGGUGCACAUUGUCCAUGAGCUUAUGCAGGAGUGGAUGGAGGAGGAGAGGUGCCGAAUGGAGCAGAACAGGGCUCAGCGCAGAGCCUACCGCGCAAGGAUGGAGAUGUUGGCAGCGUACUCCUUUGAGGGUGGUGUACGGUAUGCCAGCCUGAACAUGGCAGUGCCCCUUCUCCGGCGUUAUUUUGCUGGGGAAGACACUCGCCCUAAUUUCCGGCUCAGCAAAGCCUCCAUCACCAGUCUGCUGCAGCUGCUCAACCAGGAGCGGUGCCAUGGAUGGGGGCCAACCAUAGAGGUCCUGGUGUUGCUGUUUUGGCUGGCCAGCGGUGCGUCGUACCGCGUGGUGUCGAGGGCAUUCGACAUGCCCAGGACCACGGUACACAACGUUGUCCAUCGGGUCUGUGGCUGUGUAGUCGUGGCGAUGCCAAGGGUCAUCAGGUUGCCUUCCACUGCAGAGGGGCAGAGAGAAGUAUCGGAGGGUUUUGCCCGACUGGCUAGGCAUGGGGCUUUUGCCAGGGCCAUGGGAGCCAUUGACAGCUGCCAUGUUCGUAUCAAGUCCCCGGGAGAGCCCCAUGGCCAGGAUUAUUUCAACAGGAAAUUGUUCCAUUCAAUACAGCUGCAGGCGGUGUGUGACCAUGCAGGGCGCUUCAUCGAUGUGUUUGUGGGUUAUCCAGGUUCUGUCCACGACACCCGGGUCCUGAGGCACAGCCCCCUGUUCCAGUCUGCCGCGUACCCACCCCCUGAUACCUUCUUGUUGGGUGAUGGGGGGUACCCCUGUCUGCUGAGGCCCAUAUCCCUCAUCACGCCAUACAAGAAUCCACUCAGGGGAGUGGCACAACAGAGGUUCAACGCGCAUCAUGCCAGAGCUCGUUCGGUCAUUGAGCGGGCUUUUGGCAUGAUGAAGACCAGGUGGAGGUCCAUCUUUUUCUGUGCCUUGGAGGUGGACGUCUCAUUUGUGCCAGAUGUCAUUGUGUGUUGCACUAUGCUUCACAAUGUCUGUCUGGGCAAUGAUGAUGUCCUACCGGUGGAUGAAGAGGACCCUGAGGAGCCCGUCGGGGGAGAGGACCAUGGCAAAACAUCAAGUGGUGGUGCCCUGCGAGACAGCAUUGCAGAUCAGCUGUCCGCACUUCAGUGUCUCCCUCUGGACAUGAUUAUUGUUGAUAAAUUGUAACAUAGUUCUUUGUUUAAUAAAUUGUUACAUAGUUCUUUGAUUAAUAAAUUGUUAUAUAGUUAUUUGAUUAAUACAUUGUUAUAUAGUUAUUUGAUUAAUAAAUUGUUAUAGUUAUUU